UUCUACAAGACCUUCACCAGACCUGUUGCCAAGGUUCUGUUGAUGGCAGUGUUUACCUACCAGCUGGCCUAUUGGGGCUGGGUAAAGCUAGAACAGGACGAGAUCCGUGCUGAUCGUGAAGGUUUGCGCCCCCUCCCCCAACCUCUGCCUCUUGCCUUCUUAUUUGACUCAUGA